AGCAUCAGAGGCCAACAUCUCUCUGUAGUUCUGUUUUCUGCCUCCCUGCAGCUCUGAGAGGAAAUGCAGAAGCACGUACUGAGUCAGAGCCUCUUUGGAGCGUUUUUGGCUCUGAGUCGUCUUCCUCGUCCGGCCAAAGACGGACAACGACUUUCUGCUCCGUUUGCUUCAACUGGAUUUGAGUCCUCUGUCAGCUCUCAGGUUUUCCCAUCAUGCUCCACCGUUGUUUCCUUGUGACCGGAGCCCUGCUCUCAUUGGCCGCGCCGCUGCUGGUUGCCAUGGAGACGUGUCCGUCCACGGGGAUGCCUGGGAUUCCAGGCAUCCCCGGACUCCCCGGGAGAGACGGCCGGGACGGACCCAAGGGACACAAAGGAGAGCCAGGGCCGGUUUGGACCGGCGGCCACAGCUAUGAAAAAGGCCAAAAGGGGGAGCCGGGUCCGGGGGGGUUCCCCGGUAAACGAGGGCUGGCGGGGGAACGCGGGUCGCCGGGAACCCCAGGAGUCCCCGGACCUCCAGGAGAGCCAGGAGAACCCGGGACUCUCCGGACCCAGCAGCAGGCGGCCUUCAGCGUGGCCAGGGGGACAAACGAUCAACCGAAUAAAUACAGCGUCAUUAAGUUCACCCAGGUGAUCACGAACAUCAACGACGACUACGACACAGCAACGGGGAAAUUCAGGUGCCGGGUUCCCGGGAAGUACUACUUUGCGUUCCACGCCACGUUGGACGACAAAUUGUGCGUGCUGCUGAAACUGGACGGCAAACUGCUGACACCCUUCUGCGAUCAUCGCCGUGACCUCGGGCAGCCUGGCCGUCUCCCUGUCCGUUGGUCAGGAGGUUUGGCUGGAGACCAAAGAUUACAGAGGAAUGAGAGGAUCACAGGAGGGUUACAGCGUCUUUUCAGGCUUCCUGCUGCAUCCUCACUAACCAAAGACCGCCCAGGGUCUUCUCUUUCCUCCUUUAAUGCUCAGUCUUCUGCCUGUCAAAAGGUUCAAAACCUGGACACUUACCCACCGAUUCGCAUUAAGAUUUUCUCAUUUUUUCAACAAGUAGUACAUCCUACGUUUUAAAUCAAACUAAAAAUAGCUAAUCAGAGAAAAAUCUGAAACUGUCAAUUCUAUUAAGAAUUAGCUCCUCAAAGUCAGUCAAUUUACUAAAAAGUGGUUGAAUUAUCUUGAGAAAAAAGUAACAAAGAUCAGUUUGGCUGGUUGUGUAAAUUAAUUGGUGUGUGUACUGCCACAGAUAACUUAGUUUUAGUUAGUUGUAUCUGUGCAUCACUGAAGCACAGCUACUGCUAAACGCUGCAGUUAUCUUGUUAUUUCUGUUCAAAUAUCCAUUUCUGUCCUGUUUACUGUAUUUGCUCCAAUUAACUCAAAUAAAGAGCUGAAACGUUAAUGUA